UUCGCUGCCGCCGCCGUCAUGGCCUCAAGGUUACUGCGGAUGAGUGCAGCCUUGCGCCUGCUGCCUGCCGCCUGCUCCCGCAGCGUGCCCGCCCGGCACCUCGCCAUGCCCGGCGGUCUGGCCACCGAUGAGGAGCAGGCGACGGGGUUGGAGCGGAAGGUGAUGGAGGCCAUGAACAAGGGCCUGGACCCCUACAGCAUGUUCCGGCCCAAGCGCUACGCAGGGACCAAGGAGGACCCCAACCUCGUCCCCUCCAUCACCAACAAGCGCAUCGUGGGCUGCGUCUGUGAAGAGGACAACAGCUACGUCGUCUGGUUCUGGCUGCACAAGGGCGAGGCCCAGCGCUGCCCAUCCUGCGGUGCCCACUACAAGCUCAUCCCCCACGAGCUGCCCCACUGAGGCCCCCCCAGCACUCACUUUUGGGGGGGAGGUCUCCUGGGCCACACCAAACCACCCCCCCAGCAUCAACUGGGCACCUCCUGGGCUGGGCUGAGCCACCCUCACCCCAGUCAUUUGUGCCCCCAUAAAGAGUUUGUGU